UGAUAAUAUUUAUUUUUCUAUUAAUUUUAUUUAGACGAACAUCAUUAAGCAUCAGCAAAACAAUUAUUUCGUUCAGCAAAUAUGACUCAAACGAUGGCAAAGACGAGAAAUUUCAAAUUUUGAAUAUCUUAUGUAUCUAAACAAGAUUUAAAUCAAUAUCCUGUAUUUCCGUGGAUUAUAGCUGAUUAUGAAAGUGAAAAACUUGAUUUAAAUUCUCCAUCAACUUAUCGAGAUUUAUCAAAACCAAUUGGUGCAUUAAAUCCUACAAGAAAAUCAUUUUUUAUUGAACGUUAUAAUAAUUGGGAAUCUGAUACAAUACCACCAUUUCAUUAUGGUACACAUUAUUCAACAGCUGCAUUUACACUUGGUUGGCUUAUUCGACUUGAACCAUUUACAACAUUUUAUUUAAAUUUACAAGAAGGAAAAUUUGAUCAUGCUAAUCGAUUAUUUCAUUCAAUACCAUUAUCAUGGCAAAAUUGUCAACGUGAUUCAUCAGAUGUUAAAGAAUUAAUACCGGAAUUUUUUUCUCUACCUGAAAUGUUAACAAAUUGUAAUCAUUAUAAAUUAGGACGAACUGAAGAUGGAAUUAAAGUUGAUGAUGUUAUUUUACCUAAAUGGGCACAAACAUCAGAAGAUUUUAUUCGAAUUAAUCGAACAGCAUUAGAAUCUGAAUUUGUUUCAUGUCAUUUACAUCAUUGGAUUGAUUUUAUUUUUGGUUAUAAACAAAGAGGAUCUGAAGCUGUUCGUGCUGUUGAUGUUUUUUAUUAUUUAGCAUAUGAAAGUGCUGUUAAUCUUGAUUCAAUAACAAAUCCAACAGAUCGUACUGCUAUUGAAACACAAAUAAGAAAUUUUGGUCAAGCACCAGCACAACUUUUAACUGAACUACAUCCACCAAUAAAUUCAGCCAUGAAUUUAACUCCAAUGAUGUAUAAUGUUACACCAGAAGAUGUAUCAAUGAUAAUGAAAUUUUCAUCAAAUGCACCUAUUAUUCAUGUUUCUGCUAAUACAAAUCCAACACUUUCCAUACAAGCUAUUAUUACAAUUAGUAAUAAACAUGAUUUUUCUAUAAAUAAAUAUCAUCCAAAUGCUAGUACACCAACACAAACUUACCCUGAAUCAUCACAAACAUCAAUACAUCAACAAACACAAUUACCAUUAAGCAUGGAUUCAAUAUUAGUAUCAAAUAUAAAUUUAAAUCUUCAUCAUUUGGGUGAUCAUUGUGAUGAACGUAUUCAACAACGACAUCAAAGUUUUGUUGUUACUGCUGAUAAUCGUUAUAUAAUAUCAACUGGUUAUUGGGAUAAAAGUUUUUGUGUACAAAAUACUGAUAUAGCUAAAAUUACACAAGUACUCUAUGGUCAUUUUGAUAUUGUUACAUAUGUAUGUCGUUCAGAAGUAACUAUUGCUGAAAAUUGUUUUCUUGCAAUUGGUUCACGUGAUUGUACAGUUUGUAUUUGGAUAUGGAAUGGUACAAAAGGUGCAAUAGUUGAUCGUGAAUAUCCAAAUCAAGAAAUCAAUCCAUCACCAGCAGCAAUUUUAACUGGUCAUGAUAGAGAAAUAACAUGUUUAUGGAUAUCAGCUGAACUUGGUAUUGUUUUAAGUGGUAGUGAACAAAGUCUUGUACUUCAACAUACACUUAAUGGUGAUAUAUUACGUUCAUUUGAAAAUCCAUCAAAAAUAUCUACACCACGUCUAUUAUCACCAUCAAAUGAUGGUGAUAUUAUUGUUUGUUAUGAUCGUUCAAAAUUAUGUUUAUAUACAUUAAAUGGAAAAUUAAUGAGACAAGCAAUAUUUGAAGAUGAAACUAUUCAAUGUAUGGUUUUAAAUGCUGAUAGUCAAUAUACAGUUAUUGGUGGUGAUCGAGGUUUUGUACAAAUCAUUCGAACACAUGAUUUACAACCUGUUUAUGCUUAUCCACAAUGUGAUGCUAGUAUUCGUUCAUUAGCAAUAACUCAUGAUCAAAAGUAA